CCAAUCAGAUGCCAGUAGUGAUAUGUUGGCGGCGCCGCUGUAGUUUCCUCCUCCAAGGCAGAGCAGCCCAGCCGCAGUGUGUGAUCCCUGCUUGUGUCAACUUGACGAGUCGAGAUGGCUAAUGUGUUGAGAAAUUCCGCUAAAUUCGGGUUUUCAGGCGUGUUGUCCCAGUUGUCCAUCCACAGUAGACAUGGGAGAGAGUGUGUGUCGCCGUGCUUCUCUCUGCAGCAGAGGAACAACUCUACCUCACCUAAGAUCAAGGUGGAUCUGGACAGCAGUACAGGUGUAGCAGUGUUGAGGAUGCAGAGUCCCCCUGUCAACAGUCUGAGUCUGGACUUCCUCACUGAGUUCUGUAUCAAUCUGGAGAAACUAGAGAUGGAUAGGAGUUGUAGAGGUCUGAUCAUCACCUCGACCCUCUCCAAGGUGUUCUCUGCAGGGCUAGACAUCAUGGAAAUGUAUGGGAAAAGUCCGGAGCGCUGUGGAGAGUUCUGGAAGGCUGUUCAGGAGAUGUGGCUCAAACUCUACGGGUCCAACAUGGCUACCAUAGCUGCCAUCAACGGUUCUAGUCCAGCAGGUGGUUGUCUCAUGUCUAUUGGAUGUGACUAUAGGAUCAUGGUUGAUAACCCUCGCUACAGCAUCGGACUCAACGAGACUCAGCUCGGCAUCGUAGCUCCCUUCUGGUUUAAGGACACUCUGGUGAACACGGUUGGUAACCGGGCAGCAGAGCUGUCGUUGGAGCUGGGUCUGUUGUACAGCGCUCCUGAUGCCCUGAAGAUCGGCCUGGUGGACCAGUUAGUACCUGAGGACCAGGUCCUCUCCACUGCACAGGACACCAUGUCCAAGUGGCUGGCUAUACCAGACCAUGCCAGACAGAUCACCAAGUCCAUGAUGCGGAAACAGACCAUUGACAAGCUGCUGUCCAACAGGGAAGCUGACAUCACCAACUUUGUGAGCUUCAUCACUAAAGACUCCAUCCAGAGGUCCCUCCGCAUGUACCUGGAGAUGCUCAAGAGUAGAAAGGCCUAGUCUGGGGCCCGAACGGCUCCCCGGUCCCCUUUAGGGCUUCUAACGGCUCCCCGGUCCCCUUUAGGUCUUCUAACGGCUCCCCGGUCCCCUUUAGGGCUUCUAACGGCUCCCCGGUCCCCUUUAGGUCUUCUAACGGCUCCCCGGUCCCCUUUAGGGCUUCUAACGGCUCCCCGGUCCCCUUUAGGUCUUCUAACGGCUCCCCGGUCCCCUUUAGGGCUUCUAACGGCUCCCCGGUCCCCUUUAGGUCUUCUAACGGCUCCCCGGUCCCCUUUAGGGCUUCUAACGGCUCCCCGGUCCCCUUUAGGUCUUCUAACGGCUCCCUCCUCUCCCUCUAGACCAUGCCAGACAGAUAGAUCAGUGUGUAUAUAUUAUAUAUAACACCUCUCCUCUCCCUCUAGACCAUGCCAGACAGAUCACCAAGUCCAUGAUGCGGAAACAGACCAUUGACAAGCUGCUGUCCAACAGGGAAGCUGACAUCACCAACUUUGUGAGCUUCAUCACUAAAGACUCCAUCCAGAGGUCCCUCCGCAUGUACCUGGAGAUGCUCAAGAGUAGAAAGGCCUAGUCUGGGGCCCGAACGGCUCCCCGGUCCCCUUUAGGGCUUCUAACGGCUCCCCGGUCCCCUUUAGGUCUUCUAACGGCUCCCCGGUCCCCUUUAGGGCUUCUAACGGCUCCCCGGUCCCCUUUAGGUCUUCUAACGGCUCCCCGGUCCCCUUUAGGGCUUCUAACGGCUCCCCGGUCCCCUUUAGGUCUUCUAACGGCUCCCCGGUCCCCUUUAGGGCUUCUAACGGCUCCCCGGUCCCCUUUAGGGCCCUGGUCAAAAGUAGUGCACUGUAUCGGGAAUAGGGGGCUACGUCCCAAUUAUCUCUCCUUUCUCCUGUGUGAACUUGUUCUCUUCCCUUCACGGAUUUGAAAGGACAUUUUUGUGGGGAACGAGUGCACCCUUCAGGAGUUAAGGAGAGAUUAUUGGAACGCAGCCAUCCUUGAAGAGGAUGUCUUCUGAAGCCCAGGCAAACAUGUGAAAGUAACCUGGGGUUGAGUCUCAAUAGUCUGGCUCCCUCUGCUUGUCUCCUUUCACUUAUUGAGAGACACCCACUGGUUACAUCCCAAAUAGCACCCUAAUUCCCUAUAUUGUGCACUACCCCUAUAGGCCCUGGUCAAAAGUAGUUCACUAUAUAGGGAAUAGGGUGCCAGUUGAGACGCUACCCUGUCAUAUUCAUAUACGUUUUGGCCCGUUUGGAUCCUAAUGAACACACCCCCGGCCUUAUUUCCCCUGCCACAAUGUUUGACUGUUUAGACUGAAACACAGAGCGCUGUUACGAUGUAGGUGAUUGUACAGUAUGUCAUCUUGCCUUUAUCUGUGAACAUAAUGUUUGUUUUCGUAUAAUCUUUUCCUCUACUGUUGGUUUGCAAGUAAACAUCUUUAAAAUACCUUC